AUGGAGCCAAGCUUGCUGAUGUGGAGGUUCUUCGUAUUCAUCAUGGUACCUGGCUGCGUGACAGAGGUUUGUCACGAUGACCCUCCGAGUCUCAGAAACGCCAUGUUCAAGGUCCUCAGGUACAAGGUGGGCACCAUGAUAAACUGCGACUGCAAGACAGGCUUCCGCAGAGUGUCGGUCGUCAUGCGCUGCGCGGGGAACUCCAGCCACUCUGCCUGGGAAAACAGAUGCCUCUGCAACAGCAUCUCCCCUGCUAAGAACCCAGUAAAACAAGUCACUCCUGGACCCAAAGAACAGAAUGAAAGAAAACCCACAGACGUGCAGAGCCAAACGCAGCCCCCGGAGCAAGCUGACCUUCCAGGUCACUGCAAGGAGCCGCCACCAUGGGAACAUGAACGUGAACCUUUAAAGAGAGUCUAUCAUUUCAUCCUGGGGCAGACAGUUCAUUACCAGUGCGCCCAGGGAUUCAGGGCCCUACAGACUGGUCCUGCUGAAAGCACCUGCACGUUGAUCAACGGGGAGAUAAAGUGGACCAGGCCCAGGCUCAAGUGCAUAAGUGAAGGGGCGAACGGUCAGGUUCCAGAUGACAUAGAGCCUUGGGAGAGCACGGAAGCUCCCCCUGGGAGUGGAACUUUCUUAACAACCAGGACGGCAGGGACCACAGAUUUGCAGAAGCCCACAGAAGAGGUUGCAACGUUGGAUACGUUCAUAUUUACCACCGAGUAUCAGAUCGCAGUGGCCGGCUGCAUCCUCCUGUUCGCCAGUGUCCUCCUCCUGAGCUGCCUCACCUGGCGGCGGAGAUGGAAGAAGAACAGAAGGACAAUCUAG